ACAUAUAUACUCCAUCCAAGGUGGGCCCACAAUUUAGAAUAAGGAGAUGCUUUCCCUCUCCUUUGUAAAUAAGAGAAGAAUCUUAGCCUUUCCUUUGAAUUCAAGACACCUCUAAGAACAUUCCCACACAACAGAAGCUACCUUAGUGCUCAUAUAUGGGCCCGUUUGGGUGGCUGAGAAAGAUAAAACCAAAUUCAUCUCUCUUGCAAUCAUGCCCGCUGGAGGCCAGAAAUCGAUGGCUUUCCUCCUCCUAGCCAUCAACCUCGCAAUGUACUUCAUCGUCACUGUGAUCGCCGGGUGGGCCAUUAAUCACAGCAUCGAAAGCAUGCCGCAAACAGCUGCGAGUUUAGAGAUUCCUGUCCGGUUAUUUCCAAUAUACUUUCCGAUGGGAAACAUGGCGACUGGAUUCUUCGUCGUGUUCUCUCUCAUCGCCGGACUCGUUGGUAUUGCCAGCUCUAUCACCGGACUCAACAAUAUCGUCCAAUGGAAUGUUGCCAACUUAAUGUCAGCUGCCACAUUUUCAAUCAUAGCGUGGGGCCUUACUGUUCUAGCCAUGGGAUUAGCAUGCAAAGAGAUCAAUAUAGGUGGAAGGGAUGGAGCCUUGAGGACUCUCGAGGCAUUAACUGUCAUUUUAAGUGGCACACAGUUAUUAUGCGUGGGAGCAAUCCAUGCUGGGAUCCCAGCCGUUAGUAGAUCACAUCCUUGGGGAGGGGCAAUUUGAGCUUGCAAUCUUGGCUUGUUCAAGCAUAAGAAAAGGCUCCCAUGAAACAACAUGGAAUAAGCUUUGGCCAUGUUUAUAAGGAUUUUGCAUUCUAAAUAAUUGAGACUUUUCUGGAGAUUAUAUGCAGUUACUAAUCCAUGAUCUGGCACACAUAAAAAUGUUUGUAUAAAUAUUCAUCAUCAAUAAAUUCAAUACCUUUAUGUGUAUUAUUUAUCUUAUUUU